UGGAGCGGUUCUGUGGUGGAGUAUCUCGAAGCGAGGGAUCAUUUAGCGGUGCUGGAUGUGGCUUUCUCCCCGCCAGUAAGUCAGAUGCAUUUAGUGGCGAGUUAGAAAGCUGAUGCCCGAUUCCCAUCGUGGUGUUCAGACGUCGCUCCACCGAGCAAAUGCAAGAAAAGUUGUAGUCUUGGACAUUUGUUGAAUUUCUGAAUAUGGAACAAAUCUCACUCGUAAGGCGAUUAUACGUUGGAGGACUUGGCCAUUCAAUUUCUGAAAAUGAACUGUGUGAAAGAUUUAGCAAGUUUGGAAAUGUUACAGAGACUGAAAUCAUUAGCCGGAAGGAUGAGCAUGGGAAUCCUACCAAGACAUUUGCAUACCUCGACAUCCUCCUUUCAGAAAAAGAACUUAAAAAAUGUAUAUCAGUUUUAAAUAAGACGAAAUGGAAAGGUGGGACACUGCAAAUCGAAUUAGCAAAAGAGAGCUUUUUACACAGACUAGCACGGGAGCGCCAAGAGGCGAAUAUGAAGAAGGAGGAAACAGGUUAUAAUGGGAUGACAGACAUUCAAGAAUCUCUGAAGAAAUCUGGAAUUGUAGAUUUCCAUGUGAAAGCAGUACCAGGAACAGAAAUACCAAAUCAUAAGGACUGGGUGGUUAGUAAAUUUGGCAGGGUUUUACCUAUCCUUCAUCUGAAACAUCAACACAAAAGCAAAAUAAUAAAAUAUGACCCUUCCAAAUAUUGCCACAACCUUAAAAAACUAGAUCAAGAUCUUCUAGAUAUGGUUCCCAUUUCGCAGCUCACUUGGCAUCUGGAAGGAGCUGACAAUAGUGUGAGUAAGAAACGGCAAGGACAAUUCCCUGAAGCCAAGAAGCUACCAAGAAAAAGAAUACAGAACAGUGGCAGCCUAAGCAAAGUUGAAUCAAAGCCAGCAAACGUGGUCCCUUCAAAACUAGUUCAGAACUGCAUCUCUAACUCCAAGAAGCGACACAGUCAGCACUCUUCAGGUCAAAAGCUUAAAGCUGAAACCAUAUCCUCUAGACAUAUAAACAACCUGUGUGAUGAUGAUAUAGAUUCAGAAGAAGAAAUCAGAGCUGUAGAAGCAAGAGAGAAAAAAAAGCACAAAGUCGAUGCUAAUAUUGAACCUGAAGGUAAUAUGGAGGUUGUUGGUGAUGACUUUAAGCUGAAAUACAGUACUCAUUGGUCUUUACAGAAAGCACACAAGCAUAAAUCCCAAGCGUGCAAUGGACUGAUAAGGCCUGCAGAAAAUGAAUCUGAUUGUGAUUCAGCUGACACUGAUGAAGUUAUAGCUGUGACUAAAUUGUCUGGUAAAGAAGAGAGAAAUGAAGCUCUGGAAGGCUCUAAGGAAACAAAGGGUGGCCAGCCAAAGAGAAUCAUCUGUGCUGCAAGUUCUCCAUCUUCUGAUUCAAAAGGGUCUAAAGCAGGAGGAGGAAAAAGAGCAGAGUCUGGAAAACCAUCAGAUCCCCAAGCUGCUUUUGACAGAUGCAGAUCUGAGAGCGAGGAAAACUCAGAUUCAUGUUCAGACACAAGUGAGCCUGAAGGGGAUGAUGAUUAUGAAUCCAUGAUGCAAAGUGGCUGCCGAUUAGAACUUACCUUAGCAGAUUUAGAGAAAUUAGCUGGUGAAAGUAAUGAGGAUGCAAAGGAAGAUAAUGAAAUCGUUCAAAGGGCCACUCAGCCCCAGACUAAUCACUGCCCAGUCAAUAAAACUGAGACUACCCCAAAGAUGCCCGCAGUUACCAACACUCCCAAAAAGUGUAUUUGCCCUGAAGAAAUACUUUCUGCCAUUUUAAAAGAAGGAAGUUCUGACAAAGAUGAUUUGAAACAAAAACAGGCAAAAGUGAACAUUCAGCCUUUCAGAGGACUGGGGUCACUUAUUGGAGCACUACCUGAGAGUGAGUUGAACGUGCACGUGAGUGAAAAGGGCCGCUCUUCUUUUGAACUUGAGCUGGAGUCUCUGAAAAGUGUGACGGAAGUGAGGCUCUCAAGCGCUGCUAGUAAGAAGCUUAACUCCAAACCACUUUCCUUGAAACACUUGGGCAUUCACAGAGAAAGUCUUCCUGGAAACUCAGGUGAGAGUUCUGACCAGCUCCCGUGCACUCUUGAAAAGGCAGAGAAAAGAAGCCAGGAUGUGAGUCUUACACCUGAAAGAGAACCUGCCUUACGUGGGAAGUCUCUUUCCACGGGACCAGCGCCUUCCAAACUGGCACAGGAUAAAGACUUAAAUGACUCUCUGAAAAAUGAAGAAGGCUGCUCAGGUUCUCCCAGAAGAGCAAAGAAAUCAGAGAAGAUGGGAAAGCAACUGCAGGACAAUGAGAAAAGAUUAGCAGCACUACAAGAGAGGCAGAAAGAAUGGGAGCUCCAGAAGGUGAUAAUUCAGGGAGCUCUGACUAGCCAGCAAAUUCAGUCAACCAAUAAACAGAAGCACAUCGUGUUUGAGUCAGAUAAUGAAAACGAAGUUCAAGAGAAUGCUAAAGAAGAGUCUUCAGGAAAGAUCCUAGUAAAGGAAUUCACCCCCAAAACUUCUGGAAAACUGUUUGAGAGCAGUGAUGAAGAAUCAGACUCUGCAGCUGAAGAAAAUGAUCGGUUCAAAAUCAAACCUCAGUUUGAGGGCAAAGCUGGAGAGAAGCUUAUGCAUUUACAGUCACGUUUUGGCACAGAUGAAAGAUUUCGUAUGGAUGCUCGUUUCCUUGAAAGUGAUAGUGAUCAGGAAGAGGAAUCAAAGAAAUCAGUAACCCAGGAAGAAGAGGAACUUGUUUUAGAAAAAAAGAAGAAUCUUGAGAUCUUGAAAAAUCUUCUACAUAUUGGUAUAGAACCUCCCAAACGUAGGAAGCUGACUGCAGAUGCCCAGAAAUUCAGAGAUAUGAAUACCUUACGCUAUGACCCCACAAGGCAAGAUCAUGCAGUGUUUGAAAAAAAGCCAGAAAAUACUGAAAAAGAGAGUAAAGCUAAAAAGAAGAAGAAGAAGAAAGAAGCAGCUCAGAAACUGCCUGAGGUGUCUAAAGAUAUAUUUUACAAUGUCGCAGUGGACUUGAAAGAAGCACUUGGAUCUACAGAACAUGAUGAGAAAGCAGAAAUAAUACCAUGGGACCAGCAUGGUGAUGCUGAACAAGCCCCUUCAACUGAUACACCACAAUUCCGUGCUGGAAAACAAGAAGAAAACAGUGGUUUUACAUUUUCCUUUUUUGGCCCUGAAGUGGAGAGAUCACCUAUUAAAGAAGACCCCUACAUAAUUGAACUACUAAAACCUUCGCGAGUUGCCUGGCAAGAAGAUCCGCGUUUUCAAGAUAGUAGUUCAGAAGACGAAGAGCCAGAAGUAGCUGAAAGACAAGAUGUCAAGGAAAGUUCUCCAGCUGAACCACGUUCAAAUACUAGAUUUUUCUUCUUCUCACAAGAUGAUGACAGAUUAAAAGAGGGCCCCAAGCUCUUUUAUAAAGCUUCAGAUCUUGAUGAAGAAACAGAGGACUGGGAAAGCAGGCGCCAAAUACUACUUCAGGAUUGUCGGAAGAAACAUAAAGAUGCAAGAAGGAAAGUUAAAGCAAAACAUUAACUAUAACAGUUCUGCUAAGGAAGGAUGGUUCAGAACGUUCAUAUACUUGGACUGAAUCCUGGGAUAAUGGAAGCCGUUGAGAAAACACAUCUACAGAUAACUUGGAAGUCUAAAUUGGUAUGAAUAAACGACUUUGUGAAAUCAGAAUAGAUUUGUAAUUCUGAAGUUUCUACUACUUACGUUUGCAUUAUCCAGUAUGAACAUGUUCGUUACUAAAAUUCUAUAUUAUGAUAGACAAUGCACUUCACAAUUAGCAUUUAUGCUUAUUACCUGUCUUUUAUAGUCCUCACGUCAUGUAUAUUUUGAAAGAAGGCAGCUAGGAUUUCAUACGCAUGCAGGUUCCAUGCCACCAAAAAGCAAUAUUUGAUGGGAAUUGUUAUAAAUUGAUCUCUUUUCUAGGGAAUACUAGGUAUAGAACAAGAGAGGCAAGGAUCAAAUAUAAUACUAUGGAAUGAGUGGAUUUUAAAUUUAUAUAACUCAAGUGCGAUUAAAGUGAUAAAAGGCAGGCAGUUUUUGUGUAUGUAAUUACACAAAUAUAUUUAACCUCUCAAAUAUAUUCAGUUUAAAUUGUACAAAAAUGUUUGUUACUAUUUAUGUUAAUACGAAAUUAUUUUUAUACUCUGAAAGAUUGAAUCCAGGCCACUGGGAAAGAAGAAGCUGAAAAAGUUAGAUUCCUGGAAGUUCCUUUCACAAGCAUAAUGGUGUCCAUAAUACAUCCCUGGAUGAUUUUAAUACAGUAAAAAGUUAGAUGAUUGAAAAAUAAAACUGUAAAUUACAUUGUUAUCAAAAACAGAAUAUGUAAAUAAUGGAACAUCUUUAUGGAAACUGUACAAGUGAUAUUUCUGAAUUUUAAUCUUACAGAAUUUUGCUUUUAGAUACAGAAUAAUUGGAUGUUGUAGGCUUCUUUUCCUCCAACUAGUGGCACAGAUAUAAAUUACCAUAUCUUUGCUUACCAGUACAGUAAUGCUGGCAUGCCUUCUGAUGUGGUUAAAGGCUUCACUAAAGGAGCGAUCCCAGGCACAGGAGAAGGAAUGCUGAAAUUAAAUAUUCGAAGAAGUUGACUUGAACAGGGAGGUUAGAGUUUUUGAACUGCUUAAACUGCUUAGAAAAGAAUGUGCUUCCUGUUAGCUAUAGACACUGAAAAGAAGUGAAAUCCAGGAAUCAAUCAUUAAGUUUAAAAGCAUAGGAUUAAUAAAUGCUGAAUUUUCAGAAACCAAA